UUCCCCAUGUCAGGUUAUGCAGUUCCUCUCCCGUCAUAAGCACUCAAAGAAGUAUAUUCUUGUCCACUGUACACAUGGGCAUAAUCGUACGGGUUUCAUGAUUAUCAACUUCCUCAUGCGUUCACAGCCUAUGCAUGUAGCAGAGGCGGUAAACGUAUUUGCUCAGAAGCGGCCUCCAGGAAUCUACAAGCAAGAUUACAUUGAAGCACUGUACACAUUUUACCAUGAAAGUCCUGAAAAUUUGAUUUGUCCUCCCACUCCAGAAUGGAAGAGACCUUCAGAUCUUGAUUUGAAUGGUGAAGCUAUGCCAGAUGAGGAUGAUGAUGGAAAUACAGACGCUCACGCUCCUUUGCAUGAACAUGUGGAGAACACACUGAUAACAAAUGAUGAUGUCCUAGGAGAUCCAAUACCUUAUGACCAGCAAGAUGCUAUGCGCCAUAUUUGUUACCAGUUAUUUGAUUUGACUCCUACUGGGAGAGGAAAUGCACAAUUUCCGGGAUCACAUCCUGUUUCUCUCAACAGGGAGAAUCUGCAAUUACUUAGGCAACGCUAUUAUUAUGCUACAUGGAAAGCUGACGGGACCCGGUAUAUGAUGCUUAUUACCACCCAUGGCUGCUACCUAAUUGAUCGAAAUUUUACUUUCCGUAGAAUCCAGAUGCGAUUUCCUAUGAAGAAUAUUAAUGAGGGCUUCCAUAACUUGACAUUGCUUGACGGAGAAAUGGUUAUCGACAAAAUACCUUCUGGACUUAAGAGAAGAUAUCUGAUAUAUGAUUUGGUGGCACUUAGUUCUCGUUCUGUAGUAAAGCUGCCCUUUUCUGAAAGGUGGAAACUACUUGAGGAAGAAGUAAUUCGACCUAGAAAUCAUGAAAGGAAACAGUUUGAAAGCGAGGGUAAAUGCAACCCAAUAUAUAGAUAUGACAUGGAGCCAUUUGCAGUUAGGCAGAAGGGAUUUUGGUUACUAUCUACAGUUAAUAAGCUGCUAAAAGACUUUAUACCAAAUCUUUGUCACGAAGCUGAUGGCCUUAUUUUUCAGGGCUGGGAUGAUCCAUAUGUACCCCGUACCCAUGAAGGGCUUCUGAAAUGGAAAUAUCCUCAAAUGAACUCAGUUGAUUUCCUUUUUGAGGUGGGAAGUGAGAACCGACAAUUGCUUUUUUUUAAUGAGAGAGGAAAAAAGAAGCUUAUGGAUGGAGCUCAAAUUGUAUUUGGAGGUGAUGAGGACAUCUCUUCCCUCUCUGGCAAGAUCAUUGAGUGCUGCUGGGAUGCAGAUGCCGACAGCUGGGUGUGUAUGCGUGUUAGAGUGGAUAAAUCCACUCCAAAUGAUAUCAACACUUACAGAAAGGUUAUGCGCAGUAUCAAGGACAAUAUUACGGAGGAAGUAUUGCUCGCUGAGAUUGCAGAGAUAGUUCGCCUCCCAAUGUAUGCAGAUAGGAUAGCGGUAGCAGAAGCUCAGAGGCUUCACCAGCAUCGCCGUAGGUGAAAAAAAAAUGUUCUCAAGAUAGUGCCUGGAGUAAAUAGCUAGGGCCUUUACUGGCUACUACUUGUAUCUAGUAGUAUAGAUGUGUAAUUAUAGGAUCUGUUUUUGUAGAACUAUUGUUCGACUGGGUCUUAUAUUUUACAAGCAUAGUUCGAGUAGAAAGUAUUAUGAGCGUCUUCUUCUCUCUCAGAUAUAUGUUUUUUUAGGAAGACACGUAGAUUGGCAAGACUUUUAUGAGUGUAGAAAUGCAAGAUGGUGUAGUUAUCACGCGGUUGAUUGUGAUGAGGUGAUUAAAUAAAUAAAUGGCAUUUAGGUCU